UAUAAAGGCAGAACUUUUUGUUGAUUCUGAGACUUGCAGCAGCAGCCUUCAGUGGUUCCACAGAGAUGCCAGUCAGUCAGCUUCCCCUGCAGCUCCUGCCCUCCAGGGCCUCAGACCGUCUACUGCAGCCAUUCUGGGAUUAUUUGCUUUCUCAUCACCUGCCUCUCAUCUCGUCUCCUUUUUUCCCCGUCCUACUCGCCUUCUCCAGCUAUUUCUUCUUCAGCAUACCUUUUGCUACACUGGACCUGUUGGGAGAAAGACUUCCUUUGUUCUAUCAGUACAAGAUCCAACCAGACAGGCAGCCAACAGUGGGAAUGAUGGUUAGGAGCUUCAUGACAGCCAUGUAUAACCACAUAUUCUUUGUUCUACCAGCUGUAAUAAUUACCAUGUUCAUACUGCCUACACCAAUACUGCCACAGGACGCUCCUACUCUGUAUGAGGUAAUCAUUGAUGGCCUGGCUAUACUUCUUCUCUUUGACACUCAGUACUUUAUUUGGCAUUUCAUACAUCACAAGAAUCCACAGCUUUACCGGUGGAUUCAUGCAGUCCACCAUGAAUACAUGGCACCUUUUUCUUGGUCGACUGAGCAGCUCAGCAUCCCAGAGCUGAUGGCUGUUGGACUUUGGAGCAACCAGGACCCAAUUCUUUUAAAGUGCCACCCGUUGACCACAUGGUGCGUCACAGUUUUCAGCAUCUGGCUGUCUGUGGAGGACCACAUAGGUUAUGACCUGCCGUGGACCCUAAACUACCUGGUGCCUUUUGGUCUGCUGGGCGGUGCACCGGCUCAUGACAUGCACCACCAGAAGCCGAGCAGCAACUACGCUCCUUUCUUCAGCCACUGGGACAGAAUCUUUGGCACUGCCGUUCCUCUCAAGAAAAAGACUUUGGGGAGAUAAUGACAUGAAUGAAUUCUGUAAAUACUGCACACAUUUUCAUCUAAUGUUAUAUCUGUAUGUAUUUUAGCACUGUGACAUUCACAAUCCAUUAUUCUUUAUAUCAUUGACAACUAUGAAUUCUAUAGCACUUGCUACCUCUUUGCUGCUCCUCCAUGUUUUCUUUGUGAGACUAUGUGAGAUGAAGUGUAUU